GCGCCAUUUUGAAUCGGCUGCGGAUCGGAGGCAGUGGCUGCCGAGCGCGGCUCCGCACCCCCCGAGAAAAGCGGGGAGAAGGGAGCGAGGGCUGAGCAUGGCGGCGAAUCGGAACUUGAAGCAAGUGCGGAUCGAGAAUAGCUCCCCAGCGGCGCCGCUGGGGAUGGUGGGGGGCGGUGGCGGCGGCCUGAAGGGGCUGCGGGGCCUGGAGACGGAGAACGAGGCGGCGGCCAUGGCGCUGGUGCCGGGCAAGGAGGGCGGGGAUGAGGAGCAGGAGGGCGGGUUCACAAUCGACAUCAAAAGCUUUCUCAAACCCGGCGAGAAGAGCUACACGCAGCGCUGCCGCCUGUUCGUGGGCAACCUGCCCACCGACAUCACCGAGGAAGAUUUCAAGCGCCUCUUCGAGCGCUAUGGGGAGCCCAGCGAGGUCUUCAUCAACCGGGACCGCGGCUUCGGCUUCAUCCGCCUGGAAUCUAGGACACUGGCCGAAAUAGCAAAAGCAGAACUUGAUGGUACUAUUUUGAAGAGCAGACCACUUCGAAUUCGAUUUGCUACGCAUGGAGCUGCCCUAACAGUCAAGAAUCUUUCACCCGUGGUUUCUAAUGAGCUGCUGGAACAAGCAUUCUCUCAGUUUGGACCCGUGGAGAGAGCUGUAGUUGUAGUAGAUGAUCGCGGCAGAGCUACAGGAAAAGGUUUCGUAGAGUUUGCGGCAAAACCUCCGGCACGGAAAGCUCUAGAAAGAUGCAGUGAUGGUGCAUUCUUGCUAACAACAACACCUCGACCUGUUGUUGUAGAGCCAAUGGAGCAAUUUGAUGAUGAGGAUGGGCUCCCAGAGAAGCUAAUGCAAAAAACACAACAGUACCACAAGGAAAGAGAACAGCCUCCACGUUUUGCUCAACCUGGAACAUUUGAGUUUGAGUAUGCUUCACGUUGGAAGGCUCUUGAUGAGAUGGAAAAGCAACAGCGUGAACAGGUUGACAGGAACAUUAGAGAAGCCAAAGAGAAACUAGAGGCAGAAAUGGAAGCAGCUAGACAUGAGCAUCAGCUAAUGUUGAUGAGGCAAGAUCUCAUGCGGCGUCAGGAAGAAUUGAGACGUUUGGAAGAACUUCGGAAUCAAGAACUUCAGAAACGCAAGCAGAUACAGUUGAGACAUGAAGAAGAACAUAGACGGCGUGAAGAGGAGAUGCUACGCCAGAGGGAACAGGAGGAAUUGAGACGGCAGCAGGAGGGAGGAUUUAAGCCAAAUUUCAUGGACAAUAGAGAACAGGAAAUGAGAAUGGGUGAUAUGGGUCCUCGUGGAGCAAUUAACAUGGGAGAUGCGUUUAGCCCAGCACCUGCUGGUAACCAAGGCCCUCCUCCAAUGAUGGGUAUGAAUAUGAACAACAGAGGAACUUUGCCUGGCCCUGCAAUGGGUCCUGGUCCUUCCAUGGGACCAGAAGGAGCUGCAAAUAUGGGAACACCAAUGAUGCCAGAUAAUGGAACAGUGCAUAAUGAGAGAUUCCCUCAAGGAGGUCCAUCACAGAUGGGCUCACCUCUGGUUAGUAGAACGGGCUCCGAAACUCCUCAGCCGCCCAUGAGUGGUGUAGGUACCGUGAGUGGUGGACCUGGUGGCUUUGGUAGAGGAAACCCAGGGGGCAACUUUGAAGGACCUAACAAGCGUCGCAGAUACUAAAACUUCAUUCCUUGCUGUUAAGAAAUUCCAGUGAACAUAUACAGUGAUAUGCCUUUAUAAUUUUAGCUGUUAUCUGGAAACGGUUUUAUUGUUACUGUAGUCUUUAAAACAGUUUCUUUUGUAAAACUUUUUUGUAUUCAGUCAUAGGCUUUGUAGUAUAGAGCAGAAAUUAUGCAGAUCAUUAUGUAAGGCAAUGUGUUUGUGACUAGCAAAAUACAGUGUGUGACUAUGCUGUAAAACAUGCGGUUAUCUGAUGACAAUAAAAUAUAAAAUUCACUUGAAAGGAUUUUGGGAAUGUUAUUACAAAUACUGAGUGAGAAUAAUUUUAUGCUUGGCUAUAAGUGGCAUCGUUUUCAUUCUUCGUAUGCAGUUUCUACUUGUGUGUCGAAAAUUCCGUUCGUAGUGAAUCUGUUCAGCUUGAAGUGCAUGUAGCAGUACAUACUACGGACAAUUUACAUUGCAGCUGCUUAAGUUUGCUUCAACUUCUGAAGAGCGUAAAGUUUUAUACAAAUUGUUCUUAUGAGGAUACUGUGUCUUUUUAUCUCAGCUUCCCUCUGCAAACUUAGUCUGACAGUGUCUGUCCUUUCAAUGGCUGGAAAAAUCUGAGAGAAAAAUAACCUCUGGAAAAGAAACCUGUAUGUUUACUUUGUUCACGAUGGAAUGAAUGAAUUUAUCUAAGAAA